GGAAAACAUUGGCGAGACCCUCGGCCGGCACGAUCAGCCUGCGUGUUUUGCGGUGUGUUGCUGUUGGGGAUUCGAGCUGAAAUGGUCAAUUGUUAACAUCGGUGCGAAUUCUCCAUUUGAAAUGGAUUUGGUAUCAUACGGCACUCGUCAUGAGGCCUCUACGGAGGCAGUCCUGGAAGCCCUCCGAGAUAGCAGCAAAGGAAAGCUAGUCUACGAAACCCACUGGCCUUCGAAGAAUUGGUGGCAGGACGUCCUUCAUAGCAAGCCCAUGAUACAUUUGGACGAAAGACUAUUGCCGCUCCGGUUUGAAUACGACCGUCAGCAAAAAGACACCGCUGACGGUCCUACUCCACAGGAUAUCACGCCGAGCGACCAAAGUUCCGGCGAGUCGCCAUCGGACAACACGCCAUCGCCGAAAAGCGACGACGCUCAGGACCUGUACGCAUACGUAGUCGGCUCGGACUACGACGUCUCCAUACACAAUUACGAGCAAGAAAGAUUGAACAGCGUCAGGAAUGCCAUGAGGAAGCGGAUUGCACAUUAUGAGCAGCAGAACCGCCGUUGGGAGGAGCAGGCCAAAAAACACCUUAUGCUGAUUGAGCGGAACCAGACACUCGAGUACCAGAUGCAGUUGGACAAGCUCAACCAGGAGUACCUCGAAGGGCUUCGAGAGCUUGCAGAGAAAAGCCAGAUGACGCGAGAACAUCACCAGAGCCAUGUGCGGCACCUGAGGAACAAAAUUAAAGAAGCGGAGCUGAAACAAAAGCAGCAGGAAGAGGAAGAGAAGAAAAGGGAGGCAGAGUCACAGCAGCGAGCAGAGUCGUUGCGCUGCCAGUGCCAGGAGAUGGAGUCCACGUUGGCGUCGGUGCGCAAGGCUCUUGGGGAGUGCCCCUUUGCCUCGUUCCUCACGACCCCCGUGGAGGACCACCAAGGCCUGCUAGACCGCAUGGCCCGGCAGGUGGCAGCCUUUGGCGCGCUCACCGCUGUCUCGCGUGAGGACCUCAGCCGGGUCCUCGACUUUGCCACCCAGCUCAACGCCCUGGUCCACUCCGUCGUUGCUGAUCGGAUGCGGCAGCUCUUGGGCCAAGGUAACGUCAACACCCACAGCGCUCUGCUCAAGGAACUUUUCCUGCAGCGCCUUGCCAAACCUGUUCGCCUCGUCCUUGCCGCCACUGAUGACACGACGGUAGACCGUCUGGCUGAGCUCGCCGAUAAGAUCCACGAGGCUGCCACUCCUUCGGUUUCUGUCGUGGUGACUACGCCUGAGCCAGCAGCGGUCGCCCAGCUCGAAGCGCGCAUUGACGACCUCACAGCUGCCCUUGCUUCACUUGACAAGCCCAAAGGACGCCAGACCUCUUCAAGUCCACGUGCUUCCUCGUCUUCUCGCGACAGGCUG